AACGUUGCCCUUGUAACAGUUUUCAUUCGCAUGUUCCUGUGGAAUGAAAAUAAACAAUGGAAAGACUUUUUUUGUUCGCCUUGUUUAUUAUUCACCGGGGUGAGUUAGCGAGGCUACAGCUAGCCCGUAGCUCAUGAUGCUAAGCGAGCACAGCAUGCAGUUACAAGUUUUUGUACGCGGACGACGGUGUGAGCUGAGACGGAGAUGGAGCUGAGCCUGCCGGAGAGGGGAGCCAUCCAGCUGCAGAUGCAGAGGACGGUGCAGCAGAUGUUUCGACCCAGCGGCGGCAGUAUGGAGGAGGCAAAGAGACACUUCCGCGGGGAGGGCGAGCCGGGGCCCGGCCGCACCCCAACGCACGUGGGAGCUGCAACACCACAACAACGGUGAGCACAUGAACUACCACAACAACAAGGACACAACAGAGGACUAACGGUUGCUGGAGGGCCCGGGGAUAAGGGCCACGGGGUGGUUCGUGUGUAGAUUCUGGACUUUGGGACUGUUCCGGUCGAUGGACCGUGCAUCGGUGCUGGCCCUCGGGCCGGCGCCACAACUCCUCAACCCCUAACCAGCCAGUGCCUCCCGGUUCCGGUUCUGGAGUCUUUUGGGUCUGCAUAUGGCCUCCCACUGCUCUAUCCUAAACAUAACCACUCCCUUUCUUCUGCAAAAGAGACUCUAUUACACUGCAUUAUGGUAAAUCCGACGUAUAGUCACGUUUCAUUUAACGGACGGAUCACACGUUACAGACCUGGUAUAUGUGUGUUUACAGGAUUCAUCCCCCAGUAGCAUAGUACAUCUUGGAUACGGGUAUUAAACCACGCCGACACUUUUGUUGAAACCCUGAUUGAAUAGGAUGCGCUCUAUAAAAGAAGCCCCAAAUAUCCUGAGACACGGUUCCCAUCUGUUGUACGGCCCAGGUUUUAAUCUCAUUAUGGCUCACUGCUACUAUUAAAGGGCGUCUUGAUGUUUUUAUGAAUAAAAAUGCAUAUUUUGAAGUGUAAUGUACUCUCUGUUUAUGUGCCUUGAUCAUGUGAUCGAUGAAAACGUCCCACCUACGUCAUCGUUAUGUGCCGUCGCAUUUGUAGUCAACCGCCAUUUUGCCUGUAGUCCUGUUGUAUGGGUAUUGUAGUCCUUAAAUAACAAGCCGGCGGCCAUUGCUCUCUUUUCCUCAGCGUGUCGGACGAGAAGGAGCUCGCGGCACUGCUCUCCGCAAAAAUGUACAUAUUUACUGUUUUUUGGCCUGAAGAAGGGUUCAGAACACCCGAAACGUUGCCCUUGUAACAGUUUUCAUUCGCAUGUUCCUGUGGAAUGAAAAUAAACAAUGGAAAGACUUUUUUUGUUCGCCUUGUUUAUUAUUCACCGGGGUGAGUUAGCGAGGCUACAGCUAGCCCGUAGCUCAUGAUGCUAAGCGAGCACAGCAUGCAGUUACAAGUUUUUGUACGCGGACGACGGUGUGAGCUGAGACGGAGAUGGAGCUGAGCCUGCCGGAGAGGGGAGCCAUCCAGCUGCAGAUGCAGAGGACGGUGCAGCAGAUGUUUCGACCCAGCGGCGGCAGUAUGGAGGAGGCAAAGAGACACUUCCGCGGGGAGGGCGAGCCGGGGCCCGGCCGCACCCCAACGCACGUGGGAGCUGCAACACCACAACAACGGUGAGCACAUGAACUACCACAACAACAAGGACACAACAGAGGACUAACGGUUGCUGGAGGGCCCGGGGAUAAGGGCCACGGGGUGGUUCGUGUGUAGAUUCUGGACUUUGGGACUGUUCCGGUCGAUGGACCGUGCAUCGGUGCUGGCCCUCGGGCCGGCGCCACAACUCCUCAACCCCUAACCAGCCAGUGCCUCCCGGUUCCGGUUCUGGAGUCUUUUGGGUCUGCAUAUGGCCUCCCACUGCUCUAUCCUAAACAUAACCACUCCCUUUCUUCUGCAAAAGAGACUCUAUUACACUGCAUUAUGGUAAAUCCGACGUAUAGUCACGUUUCAUUUAACGGACGGAUCACACGUUACAGACCUGGUAUAUGUGUGUUUACAGGAUUCAUCCCCCAGUAGCAUAGUACAUCUUGGAUACGGGUAUUAAACCACGCCGACACUUUUGUUGAAACCCUGAUUGAAUAGGAUGCGCUCUAUAAAAGAAGCCCCAAAUAUCCUGAGACACGGUUCCCAUCUGUUGUACGGCCCAGGUUUUAAUCUCAUUAUGGCUCACUGCUACUAUUAAAGGGCGUCUUGAUGUUUUUAUGAAUAAAAAUGCAUAUUUUGAAGUGUAAUGUACUCUCUGUUUAUGUGCCUUGAUCAUGUGAUCGAUGAAAACGUCCCACCUACGUCAUCGUUAUGUGCCGUCGCAUUUGUAGUCAACCGCCAUUUUGCCUGUAGUCCUGUUGUAUGGGUAUUGUAGUCCUUAAAUAACAAGCCGGCGGCCAUUGCUCUCUUUUCCUCAGCGUGUCGGACGAGAAGGAGCUCGCGGCACUGCUCUCCGCAAAAAUGUACAUAUUUACUGUUUUUUGGCCUGAAGAAGGGUUCAGAACACCCGAAACGUUGCCCUUGUAACAGUUUUCAUUCGCAUGUUCCUGUGGAAUGAAAAUAAACAAUGGAAAGACUUUUUUUGUUCGCCUUGUUUAUUAUUCACCGGGGUGAGUUAGCGAGGCUACAGCUAGCCCGUAGCUCAUGAUGCUAAGCGAGCACAGCAUGCAGUUACAAGUUUUUGUACGCGGACGACGGUGUGAGCUGAGACGGAGAUGGAGCUGAGCCUGCCGGAGAGGGGAGCCAUCCAGCUGCAGAUGCAGAGGACGGUGCAGCAGAUGUUUCGACCCAGCGGCGGCAGUAUGGAGGAGGCAAAGAGACACUUCCGCGGGGAGGGCGAGCCGGGGCCCGGCCGCACCCCAACGCACGUGGGAGCUGCAACACCACAACAACGGUGAGCACAUGAACUACCACAACAACAAGGACACAACAGAGGACUAACGGUUGCUGGAGGGCCCGGGGAUAAGGGCCACGGGGUGGUUCGUGUGUAGAUUCUGGACUUUGGGACUGUUCCGGUCGAUGGACCGUGCAUCGGUGCUGGCCCUCGGGCCGGCGCCACAACUCCUCAACCCCUAACCAGCCAGUGCCUCCCGGUUCCGGUUCUGGAGUCUUUUGGGUCUGCAUAUGGCCUCCCACUGCUCUAUCCUAAACAUAACCACUCCCUUUCUUCUGCAAAAGAGACUCUAUUACACUGCAUUAUGGUAAAUCCGACGUAUAGUCACGUUUCAUUUAACGGACGGAUCACACGUUACAGACCUGGUAUAUGUGUGUUUACAGGAUUCAUCCCCCAGUAGCAUAGUACAUCUUGGAUACGGGUAUUAAACCACGCCGACACUUUUGUUGAAACCCUGAUUGAAUAGGAUGCGCUCUAUAAAAGAAGCCCCAAAUAUCCUGAGACACGGUUCCCAUCUGUUGUACGGCCCAGGUUUUAAUCUCAUUAUGGCUCACUGCUACUAUUAAAGGGCGUCUUGAUGUUUUUAUGAAUAAAAAUGCAUAUUUUGAAGUGUAAUGUACUCUCUGUUUAUGUGCCUUGAUCAUGUGAUCGAUGAAAACGUCCCACCUACGUCAUCGUUAUGUGCCGUCGCAUUUGUAGUCAACCGCCAUUUUGCCUGUAGUCCUGUUGUAUGGGUAUUGUAGUCCUUAAAUAACAAGCCGGCGGCCAUUGCUCUCUUUUCCUCAGCGUGUCGGACGAGAAGGAGCUCGCGGCACUGCUCUCCGCAAAAAUGUACAUAUUUACUGUUUUUUGGCCUGAAGAAGGGUUCAGAACACCCGAAACGUUGCCCUUGUAACAGUUUUCAUUCGCAUGUUCCUGUGGAAUGAAAAUAAACAAUGGAAAGACUUUUUUUGUUCGCCUUGUUUAUUAUUCACCGGGGUGAGUUAGCGAGGCUACAGCUAGCCCGUAGCUCAUGAUGCUAAGCGAGCACAGCAUGCAGUUACAAGUUUUUGUACGCGGACGACGGUGUGAGCUGAGACGGAGAUGGAGCUGAGCCUGCCGGAGAGGGGAGCCAUCCAGCUGCAGAUGCAGAGGACGGUGCAGCAGAUGUUUCGACCCAGCGGCGGCAGUAUGGAGGAGGCAAAGAGACACUUCCGCGGGGAGGGCGAGCCGGGGCCCGGCCGCACCCCAACGCACGUGGGAGCUGCAACACCACAACAACGGUGAGCACAUGAACUACCACAACAACAAGGACACAACAGAGGACUAACGGUUGCUGGAGGGCCCGGGGAUAAGGGCCACGGGGUGGUUCGUGUGUAGAUUCUGGACUUUGGGACUGUUCCGGUCGAUGGACCGUGCAUCGGUGCUGGCCCUCGGGCCGGCGCCACAACUCCUCAACCCCUAACCAGCCAGUGCCUCCCGGUUCCGGUUCUGGAGUCUUUUGGGUCUGCAUAUGGCCUCCCACUGCUCUAUCCUAAACAUAACCACUCCCUUUCUUCUGCAAAAGAGACUCUAUUACACUGCAUUAUGGUAAAUCCGACGUAUAGUCACGUUUCAUUUAACGGACGGAUCACACGUUACAGACCUGGUAUAUGUGUGUUUACAGGAUUCAUCCCCCAGUAGCAUAGUACAUCUUGGAUACGGGUAUUAAACCACGCCGACACUUUUGUUGAAACCCUGAUUGAAUAGGAUGCGCUCUAUAAAAGAAGCCCCAAAUAUCCUGAGACACGGUUCCCAUCUGUUGUACGGCCCAGGUUUUAAUCUCAUUAUGGCUCACUGCUACUAUUAAAGGGCGUCUUGAUGUUUUUAUGAAUAAAAAUGCAUAUUUUGAAGUGUAAUGUACUCUCUGUUUAUGUGCCUUGAUCAUGUGAUCGAUGAAAACGUCCCACCUACGUCAUCGUUAUGUGCCGUCGCAUUUGUAGUCAACCGCCAUUUUGCCUGUAGUCCUGUUGUAUGGGUAUUGUAGUCCUUAAAUAACAAGCCGGCGGCCAUUGCUCUCUUUUCCUCAGCGUGUCGGACGAGAAGGAGCUCGCGGCACUGCUCUCCGCAAAAAUGUACAUAUUUACUGUUUUUUGGCCUGAAGAAGGGUUCAGAACACCCGAAACGUUGCCCUUGUAACAGUUUUCAUUCGCAUGUUCCUGUGGAAUGAAAAUAAACAAUGGAAAGACUUUUUUUGUUCGCCUUGUUUAUUAUUCACCGGGGUGAGUUAGCGAGGCUACAGCUAGCCCGUAGCUCAUGAUGCUAAGCGAGCACAGCAUGCAGUUACAAGUUUUUGUACGCGGACGACGGUGUGAGCUGAGACGGAGAUGGAGCUGAGCCUGCCGGAGAGGGGAGCCAUCCAGCUGCAGAUGCAGAGGACGGUGCAGCAGAUGUUUCGACCCAGCGGCGGCAGUAUGGAGGAGGCAAAGAGACACUUCCGCGGGGAGGGCGAGCCGGGGCCCGGCCGCACCCCAACGCACGUGGGAGCUGCAACACCACAACAACGGUGAGCACAUGAACUACCACAACAACAAGGACACAACAGAGGACUAACGGUUGCUGGAGGGCCCGGGGAUAAGGGCCACGGGGUGGUUCGUGUGUAGAUUCUGGACUUUGGGACUGUUCCGGUCGAUGGACCGUGCAUCGGUGCUGGCCCUCGGGCCGGCGCCACAACUCCUCAACCCCUAACCAGCCAGUGCCUCCCGGUUCCGGUUCUGGAGUCUUUUGGGUCUGCAUAUGGCCUCCCACUGCUCUAUCCUAAACAUAACCACUCCCUUUCUUCUGCAAAAGAGACUCUAUUACACUGCAUUAUGGUAAAUCCGACGUAUAGUCACGUUUCAUUUAACGGACGGAUCACACGUUACAGACCUGGUAUAUGUGUGUUUACAGGAUUCAUCCCCCAGUAGCAUAGUACAUCUUGGAUACGGGUAUUAAACCACGCCGACACUUUUGUUGAAACCCUGAUUGAAUAGGAUGCGCUCUAUAAAAGAAGCCCCAAAUAUCCUGAGACACGGUUCCCAUCUGUUGUACGGCCCAGGUUUUAAUCUCAUUAUGGCUCACUGCUACUAUUAAAGGGCGUCUUGAUGUUUUUAUGAAUAAAAAUGCAUAUUUUGAAGUGUAAUGUACUCUCUGUUUAUGUGCCUUGAUCAUGUGAUCGAUGAAAACGUCCCACCUACGUCAUCGUUAUGUGCCGUCGCAUUUGUAGUCAACCGCCAUUUUGCCUGUAGUCCUGUUGUAUGGGUAUUGUAGUCCUUAAAUAACAAGCCGGCGGCCAUUGCUCUCUUUUCCUCAGCGUGUCGGACGAGAAGGAGCUCGCGGCACUGCUCUCCGCAAAAAUGUACAUAUUUACUGUUUUUUGGCCUGAAGAAGGGUUCAGAACACCCGAAACGUUGCCCUUGUAACAGUUUUCAUUCGCAUGUUCCUGUGGAAUGAAAAUAAACAAUGGAAAGACUUUUUUUGUUCGCCUUGUUUAUUAUUCACCGGGGUGAGUUAGCGAGGCUACAGCUAGCCCGUAGCUCAUGAUGCUAAGCGAGCACAGCAUGCAGUUACAAGUUUUUGUACGCGGACGACGGUGUGAGCUGAGACGGAGAUGGAGCUGAGCCUGCCGGAGAGGGGAGCCAUCCAGCUGCAGAUGCAGAGGACGGUGCAGCAGAUGUUUCGACCCAGCGGCGGCAGUAUGGAGGAGGCAAAGAGACACUUCCGCGGGGAGGGCGAGCCGGGGCCCGGCCGCACCCCAACGCACGUGGGAGCUGCAACACCACAACAACGGUGAGCACAUGAACUACCACAACAACAAGGACACAACAGAGGACUAACGGUUGCUGGAGGGCCCGGGGAUAAGGGCCACGGGGUGGUUCGUGUGUAGAUUCUGGACUUUGGGACUGUUCCGGUCGAUGGACCGUGCAUCGGUGCUGGCCCUCGGGCCGGCGCCACAACUCCUCAACCCCUAACCAGCCAGUGCCUCCCGGUUCCGGUUCUGGAGUCUUUUGGGUCUGCAUAUGGCCUCCCACUGCUCUAUCCUAAACAUAACCACUCCCUUUCUUCUGCAAAAGAGACUCUAUUACACUGCAUUAUGGUAAAUCCGACGUAUAGUCACGUUUCAUUUAACGGACGGAUCACACGUUACAGACCUGGUAUAUGUGUGUUUACAGGAUUCAUCCCCCAGUAGCAUAGUACAUCUUGGAUACGGGUAUUAAACCACGCCGACACUUUUGUUGAAACCCUGAUUGAAUAGGAUGCGCUCUAUAAAAGAAGCCCCAAAUAUCCUGAGACACGGUUCCCAUCUGUUGUACGGCCCAGGUUUUAAUCUCAUUAUGGCUCACUGCUACUAUUAAAGGGCGUCUUGAUGUUUUUAUGAAUAAAAAUGCAUAUUUUGAAGUGUAAUGUACUCUCUGUUUAUGUGCCUUGAUCAUGUGAUCGAUGAAAACGUCCCACCUACGUCAUCGUUAUGUGCCGUCGCAUUUGUAGUCAACCGCCAUUUUGCCUGUAGUCCUGUUGUAUGGGUAUUGUAGUCCUUAAAUAACAAGCCGGCGGCCAUUGCUCUCUUUUCCUCAGCGUGUCGGACGAGAAGGAGCUCGCGGCACUGCUCUCCGCAAAAAUGUACAUAUUUACUGUUUUUUGGCCUGAAGAAGGGUUCAGAACACCCGAAACGUUGCCCUUGUAACAGUUUUCAUUCGCAUGUUCCUGUGGAAUGAAAAUAAACAAUGGAAAGACUUUUUUUGUUCGCCUUGUUUAUUAUUCACCGGGGUGAGUUAGCGAGGCUACAGCUAGCCCGUAGCUCAUGAUGCUAAGCGAGCACAGCAUGCAGUUACAAGUUUUUGUACGCGGACGACGGUGUGAGCUGAGACGGAGAUGGAGCUGAGCCUGCCGGAGAGGGGAGCCAUCCAGCUGCAGAUGCAGAGGACGGUGCAGCAGAUGUUUCGACCCAGCGGCGGCAGUAUGGAGGAGGCAAAGAGACACUUCCGCGGGGAGGGCGAGCCGGGGCCCGGCCGCACCCCAACGCACGUGGGAGCUGCAACACCACAACAACGGUGAGCACAUGAACUACCACAACAACAAGGACACAACAGAGGACUAACGGUUGCUGGAGGGCCCGGGGAUAAGGGCCACGGGGUGGUUCGUGUGUAGAUUCUGGACUUUGGGACUGUUCCGGUCGAUGGACCGUGCAUCGGUGCUGGCCCUCGGGCCGGCGCCACAACUCCUCAACCCCUAACCAGCCAGUGCCUCCCGGUUCCGGUUCUGGAGUCUUUUGGGUCUGCAUAUGGCCUCCCACUGCUCUAUCCUAAACAUAACCACUCCCUUUCUUCUGCAAAAGAGACUCUAUUACACUGCAUUAUGGUAAAUCCGACGUAUAGUCACGUUUCAUUUAACGGACGGAUCACACGUUACAGACCUGGUAUAUGUGUGUUUACAGGAUUCAUCCCCCAGUAGCAUAGUACAUCUUGGAUACGGGUAUUAAACCACGCCGACACUUUUGUUGAAACCCUGAUUGAAUAGGAUGCGCUCUAUAAAAGAAGCCCCAAAUAUCCUGAGACACGGUUCCCAUCUGUUGUACGGCCCAGGUUUUAAUCUCAUUAUGGCUCACUGCUACUAUUAAAGGGCGUCUUGAUGUUUUUAUGAAUAAAAAUGCAUAUUUUGAAGUGUAAUGUACUCUCUGUUUAUGUGCCUUGAUCAUGUGAUCGAUGAAAACGUCCCACCUACGUCAUCGUUAUGUGCCGUCGCAUUUGUAGUCAACCGCCAUUUUGCCUGUAGUCCUGUUGUAUGGGUAUUGUAGUCCUUAAAUAACAAGCCGGCGGCCAUUGCUCUCUUUUCCUCAGCGUGUCGGACGAGAAGGAGCUCGCGGCACUGCUCUCCGCAAAAAUGUACAUAUUUACUGUUUUUUGGCCUGAAGAAGGGUUCAGAACACCCGAAACGUUGCCCUUGUAACAGUUUUCAUUCGCAUGUUCCUGUGGAAUGAAAAUAAACAAUGGAAAGACUUUUUUUGUUCGCCUUGUUUAUUAUUCACCGGGGUGAGUUAGCGAGGCUACAGCUAGCCCGUAGCUCAUGAUGCUAAGCGAGCACAGCAUGCAGUUACAAGUUUUUGUACGCGGACGACGGUGUGAGCUGAGACGGAGAUGGAGCUGAGCCUGCCGGAGAGGGGAGCCAUCCAGCUGCAGAUGCAGAGGACGGUGCAGCAGAUGUUUCGACCCAGCGGCGGCAGUAUGGAGGAGGCAAAGAGACACUUCCGCGGGGAGGGCGAGCCGGGGCCCGGCCGCACCCCAACGCACGUGGGAGCUGCAACACCACAACAACGGUGAGCACAUGAACUACCACAACAACAAGGACACAACAGAGGACUAACGGUUGCUGGAGGGCCCGGGGAUAAGGGCCACGGGGUGGUUCGUGUGUAGAUUCUGGACUUUGGGACUGUUCCGGUCGAUGGACCGUGCAUCGGUGCUGGCCCUCGGGCCGGCGCCACAACUCCUCAACCCCUAACCAGCCAGUGCCUCCCGGUUCCGGUUCUGGAGUCUUUUGGGUCUGCAUAUGGCCUCCCACUGCUCUAUCCUAAACAUAACCACUCCCUUUCUUCUGCAAAAGAGACUCUAUUACACUGCAUUAUGGUAAAUCCGACGUAUAGUCACGUUUCAUUUAACGGACGGAUCACACGUUACAGACCUGGUAUAUGUGUGUUUACAGGAUUCAUCCCCCAGUAGCAUAGUACAUCUUGGAUACGGGUAUUAAACCACGCCGACACUUUUGUUGAAACCCUGAUUGAAUAGGAUGCGCUCUAUAAAAGAAGCCCCAAAUAUCCUGAGACACGGUUCCCAUCUGUUGUACGGCCCAGGUUUUAAUCUCAUUAUGGCUCACUGCUACUAUUAAAGGGCGUCUUGAUGUUUUUAUGAAUAAAAAUGCAUAUUUUGAAGUGUAAUGUACUCUCUGUUUAUGUGCCUUGAUCAUGUGAUCGAUGAAAACGUCCCACCUACGUCAUCGUUAUGUGCCGUCGCAUUUGUAGUCAACCGCCAUUUUGCCUGUAGUCCUGUUGUAUGGGUAUUGUAGUCCUUAAAUAACAAGCCGGCGGCCAUUGCUCUCUUUUCCUCAGCGUGUCGGACGAGAAGGAGCUCGCGGCACUGCUCUCCGCAAAAAUGUACAUAUUUACUGUUUUUUGGCCUGAAGAAGGGUUCAGAACACCCGAAACGUUGCCCUUGUAACAGUUUUCAUUCGCAUGUUCCUGUGGAAUGAAAAUAAACAAUGGAAAGACUUUUUUUGUUCGCCUUGUUUAUUAUUCACCGGGGUGAGUUAGCGAGGCUACAGCUAGCCCGUAGCUCAUGAUGCUAAGCGAGCACAGCAUGCAGUUACAAGUUUUUGUACGCGGACGACGGUGUGAGCUGAGACGGAGAUGGAGCUGAGCCUGCCGGAGAGGGGAGCCAUCCAGCUGCAGAUGCAGAGGACGGUGCAGCAGAUGUUUCGACCCAGCGGCGGCAGUAUGGAGGAGGCAAAGAGACACUUCCGCGGGGAGGGCGAGCCGGGGCCCGGCCGCACCCCAACGCACGUGGGAGCUGCAACACCACAACAACGGUGAGCACAUGAACUACCACAACAACAAGGACACAACAGAGGACUAACGGUUGCUGGAGGGCCCGGGGAUAAGGGCCACGGGGUGGUUCGUGUGUAGAUUCUGGACUUUGGGACUGUUCCGGUCGAUGGACCGUGCAUCGGUGCUGGCCCUCGGGCCGGCGCCACAACUCCUCAACCCCUAACCCUAACCCCUCCCACAAGACACUUAGAAACAACCCCUCCCACAAGACACUUAGAAACAACCCCUCCCACAAGACACUUAGAAACAACCCCUCCCACAAGACACUUAGAAACAACCCCUCCCACAAGACACUUAGAAACAACCCCUCCCACAAGACACUUAGAAACAACCCCUCCCACAAGACACUUAGAAACAACCCCUCCCACAAGACACUUAGAAACAACCCCUCCCACAAGACACUUAGAAACAACCCCUCCCACAAGACACUUAGAAACAACCCCUCCCACAAGACACUUAGAAACAACCCCUCCCACAAGACACUUAGAAACAACCCCUCCCACAAGACACUUAGAAACAACCCCUCCCACAAGACACUUAGAAACAACCCCUCCCACAAGACACUUAGAAACAACCCCUCCCACAAGACACUUAGAAACAACCCCUCCCACAAGACACUUAGAAACAACCCCUCCCACAAGACACUUAGAAACAACCCCUCCCACAAGACACUUAGAAACAACCCACAUGCCCAAGUCAUCCUGCAAGUAAUCAUAAGACAAGAUUACUCAACACAGACAGAAAAAAAAUCAACAAGUUUGCAACUUCUUACAGUCAAACGCUUUUAUUCUUGGACAUUAAGUUAAUACAUGUACUAUACUAAAAGAAACAGGUCUUACCGUGAGCUAAUUCCCAUCGGUUGCAGUGCAAUGGCAAUUUUCUCACAAGGCUACUCCUGCCCAAGGCAUCCUGCAAGUAAUAAGACAUUACAAAAAACAUUCAGAAAGAUUUGUGAAACAUUGACAAGAUAUCAUCACCUUGCACCCUGGCUUGUAUUCACACAGGAAAAACUUCCACAAAUAAAUUCUUCAAUGGGGGGGGAAGACCUUAAUGAGACCAUCUGGAAAGAUCCCUCUCCCAGGAUAGAAAUCCUGCAAUGAAUGUCAUGUGUAUAGAAUGAACAUUGUAAAGGAUGUACAAAACACAUCAAAUCCUGUAACAGAAUUGAUACAAAUAAUUGCAAGUAGCAGGCCAAGUCUACAGCAGGACCACUCCAGUGGCAACCACCAUCCACAGAAGCUUCUGUGGAGAGGAAGAGCAAAGACUUUAGGAAAGGCUAAUGUUGGCAUAUGAUGACAGUAAUAUGAAUUUUAUUGAAAAUACUGGUGGCAGCAACUGGUGUCAGGAAGAGACAGAAUUAUGAACUAUAGAGACCUGCUAGGCGAGAAAACAAAACUCCUGGAAAGAAGCUGAACUAGUGAUGUGCAUUAAAACAUUGGUUUAUUGUGGAAGGUGGAAGAUGGGCUUGGUGUGUCCUAAGAAGUCCCCAGGCAGUCUGCCUACAACAGCUUAACCAAGGGCUGGUCCUGGCUAACUUGAGUCAGGCCUAACUAAGUGAUAAAGAGUAAAGUUUUAAUAGCACCAAGUGAAACAUUAUAUCGCAUAUUAAGGUUACUAAAUUGCUAAACGGGAAUAUUUCCUGAUGAGGUUGCUCCUUUCAAAAUCAUGCGUUACACUACCAUAGACAAAAAUAAAAACCAUUUAUACCGAAUUCAAGCGUUACGCUGGAAGAUUGAGAAAUAUCAUUGAACCUGCUAUUAAGCAUGCAGUUUGCUGAAAGGCAAUUUAUAUUUAAUGUUAUUUUAGAGGAUUCCAUGUGUGACAGUCUAGCUGUUAACAUUCAAGCUAGACUUUAAAAACAAGUUAACCGCAAACAGUUAAAGACAGGCAAAUUGCAGAGUAAGUUUGCUAAAUAGACUAACAUUUUAUCGUGUAAGGGUAGCUGAAACUUACCUUCUGGACUGAGCAGCGCUUUCUUCACACUUCUAGCAUCCACCUCAACGGAAAUCACGUCUGCGGCGGUAAAAUACGCAUACGUGCAGCGGAGUAUCUUCGGGAAGUUCCUCCUUCCUCAUCGUUGCCAGCAAAAGUUUCUUGAAAUGACUGGCUUCAUAAAUUUGCGCAGCAGAAAGUUCUUUACUAAUUUUCGUUCAGUAUGGGCAACAAAUUUAGCAGAAAUGACUUUAGUGUACCAAUUUUUUACCAUUUAGGAUUUCAUGUUACAGUGCAAAGAGCCCAAAUAGUUCUUUGGGCCAUACAAUAGAAGCAGAAAGUUGUGCCACAACUUGAAUGACAAAAAAACUGGGGGAAAAAAGUCUUACCUUUUGCUCAAAUGGCCUCCACAGGAGGCUGAAGCUGCUGGACCACUUCUUGGAGGCCCUGAAGCACGAGCAGUUUAGGUUGAUGUAGGACAAUCCAGAGAACACAUUACUUUGCCUGCAAGCAUAACAAAAGCAGUACUGGGGAGUCAGUUAGAGGCACAUGUUAUUAGAGCCAUCAAACAGCCUGCCCAACAAGUAUUACAAAACAGUACUGAGGAAAAGAUACUAACCUCACCAAAACCAAGUCAGCUGGAGGGCAGAGGUCAUUUCUACACUUCUCACAGGAGGCAGAAUUAGCUUGACUUCGGGGAGCCCGUUAUGUUCUCUUGACCACCCCGUUUUGAGUCACAACAUAAAUAAGGAACGCAGCAAGAAAGUCUUGGCAACACUGAGAGCUCCUUACACAGAUCAACAUUAAUCAGCAAUACACACAUUCUUAAAACAUUGAACAGCAGAUAAAGGGAGCCCAAAAAGUUAAAGACAGACAAGGACAUACUGGAAGCAGACAGUUAAGGUUGAAAGACAUUUUAACAGCCAUACACUGCCUGCACGACAAGCUUUACAUAAAUACCUGGAUGAAGAGCCCAAGCCUCGCCCAUCUGCUACCCAAGAUCCAUAAGCUUCCUUUAACCUGGACGGUUCCGUCAUUUGAGGUCGACCACCCAUAAUCAGCAAUCGCAGGUGGUUCCUACAAGAUUCCAGAAUACAUUGACUUUAUUAAUCUACAGUCAAAAUUACAAUCCAGGUACACAGUAUAAUUGUAAAAAAGGGAUACAUUUUAACACCAAGGCCCUAACAUAGAGGGUGGGGGUUACAUUGAAGUGUUCAAAUUUCAGAGUUAAUAUUUCAACAACAUUACAUUGUACAAUUUUGAAUAUCCAUUAAAAUGAAUCUUUAGAACACUCCCAUUUGUCAUUGUGCAACAAAAAUUACUUUCAGUCAAGAUGACAGUUCUUUCAAGCAGUUUUAAUUACUGUCCACAGACAUGUGUAUUUACAGGGUACGCACAUACAAUUCAAGCAUCUUACACUACAGAACAUACAGCACCAUCAUUUUGGACUAUCAAGCCAUUCAAAACAUUAAAAGCUUUCCGUUGGCGAUACAAGCUGGGUCCCUGUGGUAGUGUUGUUAAUAACGCAAGGCUCUGACGUUUUUGUACUCCACCACUAGGUUUCUUGCCCAAAGCAUAUGGAACAGACUGAAAUGAGUAAAAAGAAGAAAAAAAAACACUAUUAAACAAAUGAAUGGUUACUUCCCCCCCUCACCUCACAGGGUGACUCCACAAAAGGAAGGUCAAACAUUUUACACCUGGUUGGCAUCUUAAUAUUCCCCAAAUCCUGAAGUCCAGUAAUAGAAUUGAAAUUUAAAAAAAGGCAAUAGCAAAAAUCUUGGUCCGUGUAUCGCAGUCAGGGGUUCUCCUUCAUUUUUUUAAAAUCCACUUUGCAUUGCCGUUUCUUUUUUUGGGGCCGUCUAUUUCACCUAAAUGAGAGAAUGAGGGAGAAAUGGUUGUAGGGCCGUUUAAUUUAAUUUAACUGAAAUGAAGUAAAUACUUUUAGCUAAUGCAUUGUGUGUAUAUUGAAUGAGAAGUUGAUUAACUGUAGGAAAGACAUUUGUAACCACUGGUAGCACAGGGUGGAUUUCCUCAUAAAAUUCAUUAUUAAACAAACACGGAGCGACAGGUGACCAAAGUCUCAGAAUAACCGAAUGGGCAUCAACAAACAAAUUGAAUUCUACUGGUGACUAGGCCACAGGGCCCUCGCUGGCUUGGAUGCGCCACACAAAUACAGAUCAAACUAAGGAAUAUACUGAAGAAUUAUGUAAAAAAUAUACCAUCAAACAACUGAGAAUGCUAAGUGUAGGUGAGAGGCCCAAUCACCACACUCACCACCACCUGGGUAGCCACGCUGUUGAGCCUCAAGCACUCCUAUAAAGAGGCAAUUUUAACAAUAAGUAUCUUCUGGAAUUUACAGGCAAAUCAUUUGCCCAAGAACUGAGAAUAAAACCACCUACCUGCUCUUGGAGUUCUCAAGCCAGAGUGCAACAGCGAAAGGGUCAAGCAUGCUGACACAGCUUCAUUAUGUGAAGCUUUUAUACCCUCUCUAAUUGGUGAACCAGGAAGUAGGAGGUACCAAGGCUGGCCUGAAUCUAUAGUAGCUCAGGAGGGACAUUUCCUCACUGGCUACACAAAAAUAGGAUUUAUAAUGCCAAUCAUUUAUUUAUAAUCUCACAGGCUGAAAUUCUUCACAAUAAAGAUGAUCUUGUCUUGCAGUAUCACCAUUUAGAUUAUUUACUCUGUCCCUGCACCCAGUAAGCCAUGGAUCAAAAUCAUUCAACACUUGUAGUUUGGUCUAUUAUAUGCCACACAUUUGCCCAAGCUUUCAUGUAGUUGAAGACUUCAAUUUUCAACUUCAACUUUGGCAGAACGGAAACCAUUUUAACCUCAAUAUCAUUCCCAAAGUUUUGAGAACUAAUUGACAAAAACAGAAUUUAAAAAAGCAUUGCUGUUUAUACUUUACCCAUCUCUUUUUACAAAUGUCUAUAUUUCUCGUAGAUUUUGCUUUAAUAUUCAUAUUAAUUAAAAUUUUGUUUUUAAAUCUGCUUCUUUCUCACACAUUUAGUCAUGAUUUAGUUAAAUAAUGCACAGACUAAACGUUACGCAUGUAGGGUAUACUGAUACAGUUACAAUUAUUUGAAAGAUUUAAUGUGGCUAACUGCUCUCCUUCUCAAAAUGCAAUAUACAUAAAUAUAUAUUAAUGGCAUGAUAAAUAUUACUUUAAAGUUCCACAGCAGCUCAAUCUAAAGCCUCAAAUAUGAAAUGGAAUAUGCACCUUUCUGAAAUCAAACACUAUAACCUUCAUUACUAACCUUCAUGAAGUAUAAUUCAUUGCAGGACUCCUGUAUUUUACUGAUUUAGUUUUAUUGUUGUAAACUGACUCAACGUAUUUAAUAGAAAAACAUUUUUAAAACCCAAACAAAUGCUUCCAGCAGAUGGAGCCACAUACAUUUUUUCUUUGGGACCAUCACUUUACAUUCCAUUUCAUUUUGCUAAUGCUUUUAUCCAAAGUGCAUUCAACCAAGAGGGAACAGACACAGUCAUUUCACAACAAGUUUAGCAUUCAAAUUGUUUUUAAACUGUCCUGGAAUACCAACACCUCCAGCCUUGUCAAGAAAGCUCACCAGCGCCUCUUCUUUUUGAGGACUCUGAAGAAGAAACACCUGUCUUCAGCCAUCCUGGUGAAUUUCUACCACUGCGUGAUCGAGAGCAUCCUUACUGUCACCGUAACCCUAACCCUCACUAGUCCUGUCUAUGCAUGGCUGGCUGGCUGGCUGCAGAGGUCCCAGGUGAAUAUCAAAAAUGCAUUGUAACUCAUGGCUUUGCUGGGACUCAAAACAGGUACCACAGAGUCCCCUGCCUGAUCCGUAUGCCACUGAGCUAUCCCUUUGACAGCCAGAAGCAAGGGGAGAUUGGAUCAAGUGAGUGCUUUCCCUUCCUUCAGCACUAAACUAAACCCUUGAAUCCGUUUUCAGUGCACUGUUUCUGGGUCUGCACACAGACUGCUUUGCAGGGGACAGGCUGCACUCUCUGUAAUCUUUAACCCAGGAGAAUGAGUCUCAUUGGUGGGGAGGUGAGCUGCAAAGUUCCCCUUCAUUUAAGGACACAUUCUUCAUUAUUUAACCCAGAAAAUGUGUCUCAUUCCUGGGGAGGUGAGCUGCAAAGUUCCCCUUCAUUUAAGGACAUGUUAUUCAUUAUUUAACCCAGCAAAAUACUAAUCACUUUGGCAGGAAUCAAACCAGGUACCAUGCAGUCCCCUAACCGGCUCCUAUUUCACGGAGCCAUACCCUUCACCGGCACAUGGUGGGGGAAAUUGGAUGAAGUGAGUGCUUUCCCUUCUGCACUAAAACUGCACACUUGCAUCCGUUUUUAGUGCACUAUUUCUGGGACUGCACACAGACUGCUUUGCAGGGGACGGGCUGCACUCCCUGUAAUUUUUAACCCAGAAAAUGUGUCUGUUUGCUGGGGAGAUGAGCUGCAAAGUGUGGCUUCCUUGAGGGACAUUUCCUUUAUUUCUAACCCAGGCACUUGGGGCUAAUUGGUAGGAAGAUGGGUAAGAGAAAAGGGGUGUGUUCCCUGAUUACCAACACCUGUUCACAGGUCUUUAAAAGCAGAGUCCGGUCUCUUCAUUUAAGUUAGCAGAGGUGAGUACUGAAAGGUGUACUUUGCAAUUAGAAUUGAGCAAUGUGUGAUACUGGUCCAACCUGCCCGCUUUGCCUUGGUGUUUAUGCUGCUCUGCCGCAACACUUAAGGAGAGCUCACGGGGUGCAGAACGUGGAGGAGAGGGGGCUGUUGUUGUCGCUAGCCAGUGGCAGAACAAACAUAUGUGCCAUUUUUGAAGUCUAGAAUGUUUUUUUUCAUUUUAGUCUGAAAUGUUCAAAAAUCAGUAAAAUAAGUCAAUUGUUUAUGGAGCAUUUGCAGUUUGAAGGUUCAGACAUUUGGUCUAAUCUUUUUUGUAACAAUCUAAUAAGAGAUGAUUGAUAGCAUGGGUUAUGUUCUAAUAUCUUUGAAAAUGAUGAGAUGGAGGGACGACAAAUUCCAGCUUCAGUCUCAAAUCCUCUUUCAGCAGAAGGAGGAAUGUUUCCAUCUUUUCCUCUGAGUCCCCGACAGAUGUCAUGUGGUUGGAGACUAAAAGAGGAAGUGAAACCCGAAACACUUCCUUUUCUCCUCCCUCACUUUAUUAAUAAAUGAACACGACAAUGCUGUGGGUGGUUUUGUACUCUUCACACAUUCUCCUCAGAGGCUGUUCAUUAGCUGGACUCUCUUCAGCCUGAUCACUGGGAUUUGCAUGUUUGCUUCUCCUGGAGACAUGGAGGCUGUGGUUGGACUGUUUGUGAUGCUUCUGGGAGUCUCUCACGGUGUGGAAACCCACUGUGAUGGACGACAGAACAGAGCUCAGUGUUUUGGAGCUUUGGGAGGAACUCUGGUCCUCCAGCUGAUGAACAAUGCCUCAAAAACACAUAAAUAUCAAUGGUCGAAGAAUGAAACAAUAAUACUGAGUGGGAAAAAUGAUAGCAUUGUGUUUAAUAGAAUAGAAAACAGAUCAUUAUUUACUCCCAGUAAUGGAACACUUAGGAUCAAUAACCUGAGCAGGACUGAUGGUGGUGAAUAUGAACUUAAAACCUUUAGUUCAGAUGGAAAGUUAUCAGGUCCCAGGGUUCAACAGUUGACCAUUCAAGCUCCUGUGUCCUCUGUCCUGUCGGUCCAUGAGUGUCUGUCCCAUGGAGAGCAGAAGGUGUCCUGCUCGUCUGAGGGAGCAGACAGUCCUCGGUACAGCUGGACUCUGGAUGGACACAAUCUGACAGACUCUGAGCUCCUCAGUGGAAACACUGAGAGGAACAUCAUCACUCUGAAACAACACGUCUCAGGACGACUGGUCUGCUCGGUCAGGAAUGACGUCAGUAGUUACUCAAAAGAAGAGACGGUUUCUACCUGUGGCUUCAUCUUCAUUAACUGCACCUCAGCCAAUGGGACGCGCAUAUCACAGUGGGUGUUUGCAGCCAAUAAUACUCUGUGUAUUGAAACAACAGCUUCCCCCACAAACACAGCAUUGCCACGUGAUGGUGAGGUGUCUGGCAUCACAGUAUCUACUAACGGUAAUUUCACAUCCACCGAUAAACCUGAACCCUCCUCCAGUGGUGAUUCAUGGGGCAAUAUUAAGGGAAUAUUGACAACAGCAGCUUAUGUACUGGCUGCACUCGUACUUCUGUUAGUGGUCGGGGUCUCUGUCGUCUGUGCUCACAAGAAAAAGCAAAAAAACAAACUUCAAGAAGAAGACAACCAGGAACUAACCUAUUCUGAGGUCAGGAUUGGGCCACGGCCGGGGAGGCAGAUGAAGCAGAGAGCAGAGGAGGAGGUGGAGUACGGGGAAGUGAAGUUUUCUCAGCGACCCCGACACAAUGUUGAACCAGCUGCAGACGAGUGCGUGUACGCCAAGGUGCGUAGAGAAAGGUGAUCCGCAGGGUUUAGAGACUGAACAGAUGAAGACACCUGAAGCUUCAAUUCUUUUCACUUGGUAUAAUUACUUACUUCUUCUUUCUAAUUCAGGAGCAUAUUUACCUUCAGGCUAUAAACUUGAAAUUAUGUAAAUAAGAAUUUUUAAUACAAUGUUGUUAAAAUGUGGAUCGCUGUUUUUGCUCACCAGAUUUUAAAGUGAUUUAAUGUUAGAAUACACUUGCACUGAAAUGUAUUCAUUAAACAGAUGUAGAAUGAUUAGUUAACAGUAUAAACAUGUAUUCUCAUGCAUACUGUAUUUAGUGAGGAUUCAUUUAACGAUUUUUUUUUGUGUAAAGUCAAAUUCGACCAUGCUAUCUUCCUUCAACUUAUUCACAACGUUUAGUUUGUAGAGAAAUGUCUAUGAGUAAGUUUGCAGUAUCUGCAUAUUUCAUGUUUCUAUGGUUUCAACACUUCUGCUUAAUUCAAGUUUAAAAAAUGUGGCUUAAGUCAGUUGCAGAGGGAUUAUAGAGACAAUCGUAUCACAGUUAGUUCAGUAAAGUAAAUGCAGUUUUAGUUUAAUCAUGCUGCUUACAAUAACAGGAAAGUUAGUAAUUUGUCCAUUUUAGUAGCUGCUGGCAUAAAGCAUGCAGUUAAAUGACAUCGUUUCCCAGUAUUGGCAGCAACCACAUUGCAUGCAGCUCCUCAUACUUUUCAUCCUUUACUGAGAUGGAGAGAUCUAGUGCCAGAAACAUUUUGACUUGUCAAACUGAGCAUUCAUUUUGUUUAUCUUUAACACCAUCAUGCUUCUAUAUUUAGUUCUUCAUGUUUCAUCUGCCUUUGUGGCUUCCAGUGUAUUUGCACGUUGCUGCUUUUUUCUUUUUAAUCUUACAUCAAUCAGUCCCUUGAAACUUUGAAGAAAGUUAAUGUCUUAUGAAGCCAUUUCUGUGCUUUGGGCAGGUGAAGAAAGGAUGGACAGUAAAAGGUCACAUUCAACAUGGGAACUCGUCAGAGCUUUAGAUUCUAAAGCAUCAUUAAUCAAAGCGAGAGGUUAAGUUACCUGAUGUGUUUGGUUGGAUAGCUUAAGGCUAAAAGUUGAUGACCAUGCACUUCCAAGUGAGAUUAUUCACAAAGUCAUAAAAUUGGUGUUUAUGGCUCCUGGUAGUUAGUGUCAUUACACAACCACCCGAGAUCAUUUUUUUUAGUUGAACCCUCUCAUUGAAACACAGUUGAGCUUCUGACCCACAAACUCUAGUGAGCUAAUCAUUGACCACGCAGGAGGAGGGUUAUGAAACCGCUUCAAGAAAAAUGAUUUUGCUACUUUGCUCACAGCAAUGACUGUGGGGACCAUCGUGUCCAGUAUUGUCACAGCAGUUGGCCUUUUAGUUUGUGCACACCAUGGAAAUACAAAGAGACUCAACUGUUGCACCAGAGACCUUUAUUGGUUUGGUUGGACUACAAUUAAACAUUUAUUUUCUUUCUCAUAAAAACCAGGUGAUUUAGUGAUUGUUAUGACACAGCCUGUGCACUGAGCAUAAUUUUCUAUUUUAUGUGCAGCCCAACCAACACGAACAUGAAAACAGGGGAAUUCUCCCACUGAACACAACGAUUGACAAAUGCAUGAUGAGUUGCACAAAAUUAGUGGUAUGGCGGUUUAUUUCUAAAAGAACGUUUUUGCAAUCCUCAGCCUAAUAUGUCAGUACAUAGUUUACAUUUCUACAUCUUCCUCUUUUCUCCCUCUUCUUUAAAGUGCCUUACGUAUAAAAGCAAUGUGAGCGUGAGAUAAUUUCCAUAAUGUAGCACACUUUAAUAUUUGAUAUUACAUAUAAAAAGACCAGACACGUAGGGACUUCUGCAUUAAGCGGUAUAAUGUCGGUGGACAAUGAUUCAUGUAGCAGCUGCUUUCUUUCAGGAUGUGGCUUCACACUGCUGCGAUUCCACGGUCAUUUGUGAACACGCUCACUCUCAGUUCCUUUCUGUUAUAAGGUAUACAACAUUGAAAAAGAUUUAACCAAAUGUUUUAAUGUCAUAUUAUAAAAAUUACGUGUUUUUAUAGCUCGGUUUAUCAUGUUGCUUUUUUUAAUAACACAUCAUUUUGCUUUUAUU